AUCUCUGGUUCCGGGCAGACUACAUUCAGCGGUGCACUACUGUUUCAUGGCUGCUUCAGAAGACAGUGAACCUGCCAGUUGUGGCUGCAAAGGAAUCCGUUCUUGCCUUGUUUGUGAGAAUUUGAACGGGGAACGACGGGCAGAAGAUACGGACCAUUCGGAAUUAUUUUUUAAGUACGAGCCAUCAUCGGGACUAGCAGUGAGGUGGAAUGAGGGUGGUGUGCACGAGUCAUUCCCCUUCCCUGGAGUCUUGCUGUGGGAGGACUUCGUGUCGGAGGAGGAGGAGAGGGACUUGGUAAACAUGAUGGACCAAGACCUAUGGAAAGAAUCGCAGUCUGGACGCAAGAAACAGGACUUUGGGCCCAAAGUGAACUUUAAAAAGCAGCGUGUGCGUGUUGGGACCUUCAGUGGCCUGCCUGCAGUAAGCCGCAAAUUUGUGCUUCGAAUGAGCCAGGAGAAACUGCUGCAGGGAUUCCAGCCUGUGGAGCAGUGCAACUUGGAUUACAGUCCCCAGCGAGGAUCUGCCAUAGAUCCCCACUUGGAUGACUGCUGGUUGUGGGGGGAACGUCUGGUCACCGUCAACCUACUCUCUGACACUGUUAUUACAAUGAGCUCUGAAGAAGGACAGCGAGAAGUGCGCGUAUGUGUCGGCUUCCCCCGUCGAUCGCUACUUGUGCUUCACGGCGAGGCGCGACACAAGUGGAAACACGCCAUUCACCGACAGGACAUCCGCCAGCGCAGAGUUUGUUCAACGUUCAGGGAACUGUCCUCUGCGUUUCUGCCUGGGGGAGAAUAUGAAGCACUUGGCUCCCAACUGCUGGACAUCGCCCUCGGCUUCCAGGGUUCAUCAGUAUAAUUUAAUUAUUCCAUGUCUCACUCUUACACAGCCACUGGGUCAUAGAACAGUCAUCCAUCACAACCAGUUUAUUUAUGAACUGCUCAUUGUGAUGUGCGAUGUAAUUGCCCCCUUACUGUGUUUAUUGCAAAAUAGGUUUGUCUGGACAGGUUUGUUGAUUGAUUGUAAUUUAUCAUGUAAUGAGAAAAACCUAAACAUGUUCCAUAAGAAUGUCAGUCAGAAAACCCCAAAGAAAAAUACAUCGUCAGUGUAUUUGCGAUGUAAUUACAAAAUAGGAGGCUAUUGGUGGGGUGCCGUGGCCAAUCCCCGUACUGCUUUGGUAAUAUCAGGUACCGACUCGGAAUGGAAUUAAAAUUGGCCUGGUGAGGGACAGACAAUAACACGAGUAGUUUUCCAUUAUGAACAUCUUAUUUUGGAUUUGUGGAAGGCAUUCUGUAGAGACAAAUGCUGUACACGAAUAGGCAACUUCAGAUGAACCCUGUUCUGUGUUACCAUUUAUUAUUACAACAAUGCAUCACUUCAGUUUGUAUUUGUUCAUGAUAUGGGCAAUCCUUCGCCAGAGGUUAUAUGGUCUGAUGGUAAACAUGGACAGUGGGCGAGCAGUUUCAUCAAGCGUGAUUAAACUGUAAACUAAUGUGAAAGCUAAACAAAUACAGAGAAUGAGGGUUUUAUUCCAACUGUACACACUAUACUGAAUUAAAUAAAAUAUUGUUUCAUAAA